CUGACAUGACAACAGGUGAACGAGAGUUCGAUGUCAGAAACGCUGAGGAAGCCGAGGACAGCAGGGCGGGAUGAGAGACGCGAUGAGAGGACGGAGACAGACAGAGAUAAGGAAGCCAAGGCUACCGUGAUGUUUUCGUCUCCUUCUGCUGCUUUUGGUGACUGAAGUGAAACUACACUGAGAGAAGAAACCGAACGUACAGAGAAAAUCCAGACAAUCCCUCUGCAAUUGGAAGAGGAUGGGACGUCCCGCCGUGCUUUUGUUUCCUGUGAGAGGAAAACUUCAAUCACUUCGACGCUUCGUCUUCAGUGGGCCGUGUAGUGUUUCAUGAAAUCUCUUUAGGUGUCGUCCGAUUGGUCCUUUAUUCCACUGUGAGGACCUGCCAGCCAAUCCGCAUCUGCCUGGCAGCGUCUCCUCUGCAGCAGAUUUCUACUUCACUUGGGACAGAGCUCAGCAGGACAGAGACAGAGAGGAGACCAGAGGUUCACCACAGCUGAAUCCAGGAUUCUGCACAAGUGAUCUCCAUCAUGGAGGUGCCCAGGAGGCCUCAACCCUCCUUCACACUGGCUCUCCCUAAACUGGCCUCGUCUGCUCUGUCUCCCCUCGGAGCUGUGGAGAAGGUCGCCAAGAAAGAUCCGAUGAAGGAGAAGCUGCAGGAGAAGAAGGAUGGAGCCACAAAGGGGGAUCAGUUUGGAGAGGAGACGUUCAGCACAGAAGAAGAGUCGGAUGUGUCUGUGUUUGUGGAGGCACCAGCUGAGACGUCAGAACUUGAGGGUACAAAUACAAAACUCUCCUCACAGGACAGUUUCUCAGAGGACAGUUCGAUGUCUGAGGAGAGGUUGGCAGAGGAGGCAGAAGAGGCUAAGAAGAAGCGUGAGGAGGAGGAAGCAGCAGCUAAAGAGAGGGCAGCCCAGAGACAGAUGCUGGCCAUAGAGGAGCUGGUCCAGUCUGAGAGGAAUUACCUGCGACUGCUGCAAGUGAGCACUGUGACCAUCAGGAGCAACCUGCAGAAACUACAGCCUCCUCCAGCAAACCUGGACAGCAUGUUUCUCUAUAUAGAGGAAGUGAUUGACGUGUCCAGUCGACUCCUCAGCCUGCUGGACCAGAAGAAGAUUCAGCCUUCAGACCCUCUCUACUUGCAGACGCUCUGUGAUUCGUUCCUCAGCCUGUCUUCAGACAUCGAGGCAGCCUAUAAAGAAUACCUGGCCAACUACAGCCAGGUCACAGUGGUGGAGAACAGCUACAAACAGAAGGAGAUGCUGUGGAAUGAGAUUGUCAAAGUCAUCAAGGCCUCAGCGCCUGAAGUAAACGCCACCUCUCUGAGUUUCUUCUUGGUGAUGCCGGUGCAGCGGAUCGCCCGGUACCCGCUCCUCCUGCAGACCAUCCAGAAACACACUGACAAAUCUCACCCAGCGUAUGCACACCUGGAGCAGACCGCUCACACCUCCAUCGCCUUGAACUGUCGCAUCAAUGAGUACAAACGCUUCAGAGAAGUUGCUGACAAAUACAAGAAGACGGAGACUCUGACCAUAAAGGACAAGAUCAACCGCCUCAACACCCACAGCAUCGCCAAGAAGACAGCGAGGCUCAGCCAGCACUUCAAACAUGAGACUGGAAUAGUACCAAAGCUGGUGGAUGAAGAGUUUGACGCCCUGGAAGGUUUCUUUUAUGUUCUGGAGCACGGGAUUCUGGAGCUCCUGGAGAACGUGGAGACGUAUCUGCACCACCUACAGGGGUUCCUGGCCUGCAAAACAGAGGAGUUUGACUUUGAUAUGGACGGAGAGAAGGCACCUAUAUGCUACAAGGAGAUCACUACCGCUCUCAGACAGUGGAUUCUGCCUACGUUUGAAAAGAGGAUGAGGACGUUAAUCCACAAGCCACUGUGUGCACUCCGUGACCUCCUGGUGGGUCCGAGGAACCUGAUCCGGAAAAGGCUGGACAAGCUGCUUGACUAUGAAGUGAUAGAAGCCAAAUCCAAUCUGAGUUACGAGGAGCAGGCUGUGGCCAACACAUACAGGACAAUCAACACGCUGCUCCUCAACGAACUUCCCCAGUUUAAUGGUUUGGCUCUGCAGAUGAUCUGGAGCAUGUUGGGGACGUUCAGCUGUCUGCACAAAGACCUCGCCUCAGACAUGGAGCAACUGUUCCAGAGCUUUGCACAACAGCUCCCUCACAGCUCUCUCAACCCCGGUGCAUUCUGGGAGUGGGCGGAGUCUGCAGUGCUGGGAGGUGCGAGGAGCCUGGAGACUUUGUGUCGAAGUGUAGAGGAGACCCUCAACGCACCCUUCGUCCAGCCUCUGAGUCCAUCCUCUCAGCGCCGUCUGAAGCAGCUCACAGAUAAGCACGGUUCUGGAAAGAUCUACCAGGUGGUGGCGGCGGUGGUGGGCAGCCGGGACCUGGACCUGAACCUGGCCAAAGGGGAGCUGGUGGCUAUUAUCAGUGAGGCAGACAGCCGGGGAGACAAACGAAGAUGGCUGGUCGACGCAGGAGGCAGACGAGGGUACGCUCCUUCUGCAAAGCUGAUUCGCUAUCACCAGCCAACAGCAGACCCGCCGCCUUCCCCACACCUGAACCUGCCUGACGGCGUGACAGGAAUCAGAAGACACUCCUACACCCCAGAGAACCGGCCGCUGACGGUCAUGAGCCAGCCGUGCUUCCAGGUGCUGGCGGCGUACGACUUCACAGCGAGAGGAAACCAUGAAGUGUCUGUCAGAGCCGGCGAGCCAGUCCGUGUCCUGGAGCCCCACGACAAACGAGGGAAUCCUGAGUGGAGUCUGGUGGAGACGAGAGGUGGGCUCAGAGGCUACGUGCCCUCCAACUACCUCACAAUCAUGCCCAUGGGGACUGGGCCACCUGGCAUGUUCCCCCCCUACUGACAGGAGGGACGGAGACACAGCAGCACGUACAGUAUGACAGAGGAUUCACCAUACUGUCUUUAGAAGGCUUACAGCAGUAUUUUUUUAAAUGAAGGUGCGUCUGCUUCUCAAACAGUAACAUGACUCUACAUCGUGACCAUCGUUAUUUUAUUAUCAGUGUCAAAAUCAGUGUUUUAAACAUCAGAGCCAUUAAAUACAAGAGUUUCAUGGCCACAGUGUUAGAAGUAAAAACGCCAUCAGUUUUAUUUGCACAGCCCAAAAUCACAAAUUUGCCUCUAAGGUCUUAACACCCUCUAUCCUUGGACACUUUAUUCGAUAAGUAUAUCGUAACCUUUUACAAGUAAGAGCUUAUCUGUCUUCUCUAAGGCCUUUUCUUCACUAUCUCUAACUCAAUUUCUGCACUAAAUUUGAAAAAGAUUUUGUUCCCCUCCACACCCAAAAUAUAUCUUUUCAAAAGUGCCAUUCAAAGAAGAGAUGACACAAGUCUCACAAACUGGUGUGAACACGUGUGAGCUUCAAAAACACUGACAUCUGACUGUAAUGUCAUCCAGACUUCAGCUCUGUGUUCACUCGAUUAAUCACUCAGGGUGUAAAUCACAAGUUUUAUCACAUUAUGAUUAUUAUCGAUUAAAUUGACUCCACUAACACACAUGAAACACGGCUCACAAGCAAGAAUAUUUACCAAAAGAUAUAAAAUAAUAACUGUCACAGACAUAACAGUUAUUUUUUUGCUUGUCACCAUUAGGGCUGCAACGAUUAGUCGACUAAUCGAUGACUAAUCGACUAUUAAAAUAAUCGGUGACUAUUUUUGUAGUCGACUAAUCGGUUUUCAUAGAGAAGUACUAUAAAAGUACCCCAAAAUACUCUUAUUACAGCUUCUUAUGUUCAGAUAUUGGCAGCUUUACACACUCUCCCAUGACGGUGAACUAAAACCCUUUGGCCUGAGUACGAAACAAGACAUUAGAUGAAAUAAUUUUGGGGUUUGGGAGAGACAGACCGAUAUUUUUCAACAUUUUAACACAUUUUUCGAUAAAAUGAUUAGUCGACUAAUCGAAGAAAUUAUCGACAGAUUAGUUGACAGUUAAAAUAAUCGUUAGUUGCAGCCCCAGUCACCAUUGUUAGCUUAAGCCUGCGGCACUUUCUUUUAAUGCACGUAACAUGAUUUACUCAGUAACAUUUACCUGUCUCCCUCUCCUGUGCUCUGCUGCAGCUCCUUGUGUGUGUGUGGACAGUAGGGGUGUAACACACAUUGAUCCGGAUUAAUAUAUUGUCAAAAUGAUCGACAAUCAAAUGAAAAUAUUUAUACAUAUCUGCAUCUUUGAGACGCACUUUUAUUUUGAAAUUCCCAUGGCAUGUCUGUGUCACCUUUUCUGUAGGUAAUGACCAGCAGCCAAUUAAAAGACAAUGACGAUAUUUACUGGCAGCGCCUCAUGAUCACAGGCCCCUACAUUGAAUCAAAUGGAAAUUCACUGUACUCCAAAAUAAAGUGUGCUUUAUACAUAACUGACACAUUCACAAGUCACUUGCGGUCCAUCCAGAAUGGACCCGCGACCCACUUUUGGACCGGGGCCCACCAGUUGGAAACCACUGGUCUAAAUAACUGAUACAGUGUCAUAUCAUGGUGAAACUUGUGAUUUACACCCCUAGUGGACGGAUGAAGCUCCGCCCCCAGUAACGCACAGAAGGGAGAGAAACGGAGCUGGGUAUCAUUUAAAAAUUGCGAUACCAAUACCAGUUCCCUUAAGGUGAUGCCAACAUGCUUUGCCAAGACCUUUUUUGUUCCACUACAUCAUGUAAACUAAAGCACUCAGUUGUGUAAAAUGCCUCUAGACACCACAGACGUGUAGUAUAGUCAAAUAUUUGAAUGUUUUGGUGGCAUCUCGGCACGCCACAUCGCCAAAUUCAGUACGCCAUGCUCAACUUCACUACACCACAGACUGUUUGGAUUGUAGCUGCUGCAGUGGUGGGCCAAUCAUGUCGCAUUAAAUUGAAGGACACUUGCUGUGAUUGGCUGUGAGCAAACCGGAACAGGAAGUCUUUUUUUUCUAAUUCAUGAAGGAUCAAAUGCAGGUCGGGUUUGACUGGGGAAGUUUCAAUACUCCCGUUGGUCUGACAGCUGCUCAAGCCUGGACCGUAUAAUAUGGGACAUACUGGACACACUGGAAAAGAUGAAGGAGCUUCAGCCCCAGUGCUGGUAGUUAUGUGACAUGUUGCUAAUGAGCACUUUAGCAGGACAGUCGCUGAACUGGAAUUUAACUCUGCAUCUUAAGGCUGAAGGACGAUCUUCAAGUUGCACUGCAAAAAUCUUUCAUGGUCAUUAUCACAAAGCACCAGAGACGAUGGGGAGAAUAUAUUGAAGACAAAUGAGGAUCAGCUGACCUCUGUGAGAAGGCGUAUCCCACAAUCCCCGGCGGGACGAAAGGACACGAAUUGAAAACGAUAGGCUGCAUGUUCUCGUUAGAGAGCCUGCGUGUUAGCGAGCUAACGGCAACACUUGGACGCACAGAGCAGAAAGUGUGUGUGCAUGUGUUUGAUGUGAAAUUGGGCUGACAGUUGUGUGGGUGUGUGUGUGUGGGUGUGUGUGUGUGUGAGCUGGGUCUCCUCCUCCUCACCUGGAGGCAGGAGCAGUACUGUAUCGAGACUGACAGGUACACAGCGCUCUCAUCAUCUCAGACAGUGUAAUGUGAUGUAAAUGUAAAAUGUCCCCAGGGCCGAGUAGGAGAGAGGCGAGGAGGAGGGGAGGAGUCGGAGAUCUAAAGACACAGGAAGGAAUUCAUACGUGGAGAAGAAGCCAAAGAGUUGGAGGGAAAAUAGGAAAACUCUGUGCCUGCUUUUCCUCCUCACAUCCUUUUCCUGUUAGUCUGAAUAUCUAUUUUGUCUCAGCCUCCUUCCUUUUCCCACUCCAACCAUAAGCUGAUUUAAAUUCACUCUUACAUUCACUUCCUACAUUCCCCCCUCAUCUGUAAAGGCUGCGGAUCUGUAAAGGAUGUGUCACCGGUGUGCUUUCAUUCUCUCCGUUCACAUCACAGGACGAGAAUCAACUGCUCCGUGAGGUUUUGGGCUUGAAAAGGUUCUAAUCACAAAUAUAAAACAGUAACGACAGGACUGAAGCGACCUACUUCUGUAUUCAUAGGCACCUGAUGAUGCCUGUUGCUAUGGAUACUGUUCAGUGAAUGCAGGUCGCGUCUCCCUGUGGCGUUUCUUCAAGUUGGAUGGACUGUGAAAACACUGAGCUGCAGCACAAUUCAAGUUGUUUUUGUCGGUUUUGCAAAUAUUUGCCACCUCAGUAUCUUCAUGUCACACAGUACGCAGACCUGUGCGACAGGAAGAACUGUUCUGCACUGCAAACUAAACUACAGCUGCAUUUCAUUUAUGUGCUUUUAACUUUCAAUGUCAGUGCCGCAGCGUCACAUGACAUCAUUCCUAUCUAAGUUCAUUGAUGUACUGAUCCUGCAAACAUCUUGAUCUUGAUCUCUUUUUUCAGAGCGCUCCGUGUUUUUUGUGUGGCCACUCUAACGAUGACAUCACUGACACUUUUUUAGCUAGGCUGCUUUCACUGUCACAACAGAGACAGAGACGCUAAUUUUGCGAGCACAUCAGUCGGCGGACACUAGGUGUCGCUGGUGAGUGUUGUGAUUUUAUCACCGCUCACUUUGUAAGCUUGAGGUUAACUUUGUCAACCCUCUCUUAAGUUAGCGCGCCAAUGUUAGUGUCAAGAUCUUGUUGUCAUAGAAACAAAACCCACGUGCAGCAAGUCAUUAAAAAAAAGCGCUGCCAGCACACAAAUCCACCAAAGACCCACGGAUGUACGGUCACCCCUCCCAAAUGCGGGCCACAUUUAAAGGACGUGUAGAGAGCUACAGUGGCUGACAAAAAAUGUCUAUCUAGAGCCAGUGUUUGGUUUGUCCCUUCUGGGCUACUGUAGAAACAACAUGGUAGACUCUGUGGAAGAGGACCCGCUCUGUAUGUAGAUACAUAGGGUUCAUUCUGAGGUAAUAAAAACAUGAUUCUCAGUUUUAGUUGAUUAUAAACCAAUGAAAACAAAGUUAUGAAUAUUUUUGUCACUUGGCAGUAGAUGCCCCUAAAUGGAAACACUGGACCUUAAAAUCUGUGAAAUCAUUUAUCCAACAUGGAGCACCUACUCAACAGUGGCUGCACAUGACAUUCCUGGAAGUGGGCGUCUUGUCACACGAGCAUGUUUUGCAUAAAACGGAGCCUUUUGUCCGGUGGAUAGUGCUGUAUCAGCUGCUGAGGAUGUGAAGCAGAGGGAGGGGGCCGCUCAGCUGGAGCUUAGCUGUUCCCAUUCGUCUGAAUGUCAGGACGGCGCAGAGCAGCAGGAGGGACGGGGAGAGUGUGUGUGUGGUGUGUGUGUGUGUGUGUGUGUGUGUGUGUGUGUGUGGGAUGCUACUAAUGUACCAAAAUACCAAAUGUCCUCAAGGUUAGUAAGAGAAAGGGGAAGUAAAGAAACCUGACGACAUUUUACCUGCUGUCACUUCUUCAAAGGCCAGUUUAGGAUGAAAGGAACAAUUCAGCCAUUAAAUGUUGUUAAAAACAGGUAAUGGCACUAACUUUGCAUUUUGGCUUUUAUUUCACUUUUUUUGUAUUUAUUGUAAAUAGUGAAUUAACGGUGAGAAACUGCUACUGGUGAUGCCUCCUAAAAUUUAAAUCCACUGCAAAGAAUUUUGUUAUUCUUUGAAAAAACUUGCAGAUACUGUAAAAAUAAAAUACAUGACUUCACAACACACUCCUGGAAAACAUUUAGAGCCAUGUUCUAAAGAUAUAUGAUUAUAUAUAGAUAGUAAAGGGUCUAUUUUUUCAUUAAAAUCAUCUCUUUUUUUAUCAGAAAUGGGAUAAAAUGUAGCUUUAAUUUCAUUCAUUCAACUCUCGUCCACUAGAGGGAGCUGGAGACCUAGGUUGGUUGAUGAGAGCCUGUGUAUUUCACUGUGUAACUGGUGUGUUUGUGUGUGUGUGUGUGUUACCUCUGUCAGUAUUAGUGCUAGCCUGAGAGCAGAGCCUGAACAUAAUCUUGUACAUUCUGUUCCUAUUGUCCAGUUUUUUUAUAUUAACCCUCUGUUGAACCAACAUGUGAAGAGUUGAAUGUUUAACCUGCUGACGAUCUGGUUUUACAGUUUUACAGUCUGUACAGCAUUUCUCUGUGUAAUUUAUUGUUUUGUAACUGUGUUGAGUCAUAUUGUUGUUUUUAACUUAUUCGAUGCCGCAGGGCGACCUGACCUGAGAUGAAUCAUGAAGUCUUUGAAGUCUUGCCAAAGUUAUGAUGUUGGACUCACUUUCUCUCUCUCACACACACGUAUUCACACAGCAGAUGGGAGUGUCUGCAGUGCAGCAGUAGUAUCUGUCAGGGCAGCUGUGAACUGACUGUCUGUGUGGCUUCAAUAAAACUAAACAGA